UUUAAAAGUUGCAGGGUAAAAUUUGUGAACAUAAGCAUGUACUGUACGUUUACUUUUGUCUAGCCCUAAAUUAAUCAGAACCACCCUAAAAUCUUAACCUUCAAUCUUGAACAAAGCUCCGGCGACAAUCGCCGGCUCUGGCGUCGAUCAGAAUAGAUGGAUCCUGAAGUCUAUGAACGCCAACCCAGGCAAGAACGUUUAAGGACUAGAUGGACAGCAUCCCUUGAUAAGAUAUUUGCAGACUUGGUUGUCGAACAGAUCCAACUGGGGAAUAGACCAAACAAUGUAUUUGACAAGAAAACCUGGAACCUCAUUCGGGACGAAUUCAAUAAACAAACAGAUCUCAAAUUCAAUAACAAUCAAUUGAGGAAGCAUCUGGAUGUUCUUCGGACUCGUUACUAUAGCGUGAAGUCUGCUUUUGAUCAAACCGACUUUGUUAUGGACGAUUCUUGUUGCAUUGCGUUUGACCUUUGGGAGGAGGACAUUGGGGUGCAACCUAAGCCAGAGACAACCAAGAUCAAGGAUUGUCCCAUCUACGAGCAACUAUGCACGAUAUUUGCAGACACAGGAGCUGACGGAAAAUAUGCCCAAUCAAGUCACUAUGAAGAAUUCGACAAGUCUAUUGGAACAGAAGAUCCUGAAAAGUUUAUUUCGUGUCCGGAUGGUGGGACCCCACAAGCUAAAACUCCAUCAUCCGCAAAGUUCACAAAAGGAAAUGCUCCAUCAGUGCAAAAAUCAAGCAAGAACGUAGGUGAGAGAAAGAGGAAGCAUUCUGAAGAGGCAGGCCCCGCUUCUGGACAAACCAAGAGGGAUCAAGAACUGAAUGAAGCCAUGGCAGGAGCAAUGUUAGAGAUGGUUGCUGCUUCAAAGUUGCGGGCAGCUGCAAUAUCCAAGCAAGAUGAUAGAUUUAAGAUAACUAAUUGCAUAGAAGCCUUGGAUGAGAUUGAAACAAUGGAAGGAAUCGAUAGUCGUCUCUAUUUUGCUGCCUUGGACCUGUUUGAGGACCCUAAUCUAAGAGAGACAUUUAUCUCUCUUAAAAGCAACAAGGUUAGGUUGACAUGGUUGCAGGGGAAAUGUGGCACUGCCGCCGUCUCUUAACUGAAGCUGACAACUUGAGCUUUCUUUAUAGUGUAAAGAUAUCCGUCUAGUACUAAAGUUUUGCUGCUGCUGCUUUUUUGUAAAUUUUUCUGAACUUGCUUUGGUAAAUUGCUGAUCUAGAGGAUAGAGUUCACAGCAGCAGAUUGCUUUUUAUGCAAAUUUGUGCAUGAUCCGACAAUUUUUUGGAACUAAGAUAGGUUGCCGGUUGUCUGUUACUCGUGCUCAAAGUCUUGUAACUUUGACUGAGAAUGUUAUUUUGUCUUCCUUUUCUCUUUGCAUUUCGAAGUGUACAUAAUCUAAUAGCGCACAUGCACUGGAGUUCUUCGUUU